AUGGGUCCCUUGUUGGGGUCAGCACCCCCCUCCUCAGCAGGGUCUCCUGUCUUCAGCAAGGGCCCAAACCGGUCCCCAGAACACUCUUCAACACAGGCAAGAGCUCAGAAAGCAGAAGAGAAAGUUUCCCAGGCCAGGGAGCCAGCAAGUACUGGGCCUGGGGAGUUCCUGGGGGGCUCGGCAGGGGUCUCCUCACAGCUGCCUGGGCCAAGCUCAGGGCCCGGGGGCUGCCCGGUUCCUGGCCUCACCCCUUGUGGAGGGCGCCCCUUGACCAGUGCCUCCCUCGCCUGCCCCGGCGCUGCACAACUCCGAGCCACUGGAGCCCACGCGGAGCGGCGGGGCAGGCCUAGCCAGGGACGCUCCGGGGCUUCUCCGCCAAACUUGUUGAACUUGGUCUCGGCGGGGGCGAUUCCAGAGGGUGGCCGAGGACAGCGGCCCCAGGGAUUGGGGCUCCUUGCCGAGGACAGCGGGUCACCGGGGGAGGAGGCCCCUUCUGGGGUUCCAGAACUGGCGCGAGGGGGGCGAUUUGUGCCCUCGAGGGGCCCCGGAGAUGUUCCCCUGUUCCCCUCGCCUGCGUUUGGCGCUUCAGCCCUGACGCCCCCUUUCCCGGGUCGGACUGGGAAGCCGCGGGCGAGACACCCGCUCCGCUCCGCGGCAGCCCUUCUGGUCCUCGUACCGAGCGGGGAGACCAGGGGCUCCCCAGGCGGGAGUCGGUCCCGCUACAAACUUCAGGGACAGGAGGAGGAGAGGGCAGGCUCCAGCCACAGCUCCCGCCCGGGCCGCACUCACCCGCGUCCUCCCUGGGCGCCUCGGGCCGGUGGGGGUCCGGCCACGCUCCGGCGGUGUCCUGCUGCUCCCGGGCCGGAGCCACCGCCUCCCGGAGCGCGCCCGGCCCUCCCCCGGGAAGCCCGGCCCCCCGGCCCCGCCCUCUCCCCGCCGCCGCGGCCCCAUCCCCGCAGGCAUCGCGGCGACUGA